UUAAAUCACCUUGGCACCAUAAAAAUAUUUGCGGGUCAGCUGAGGCGCCCGGCGACCCUCCAGAACCUAUAUUUGCAGUCAUGAUGACGACAAACAUAGCCAAUCCCGGCUACAGGCCCCAAACCAUGGCCAGCUUCGACCGGUUCAGCCGCUACAACUACAUCGGGAGUGCCUACGGGCGCCUAGGCGGCUCGACCGGCGCGUUAGACCGAAGCUACGGCACCACCACCUCCGGUACAACCAGCGCGCUCAAGACGAUCGGACUCCCGACCAAGACGUCUACCAAGACGGUAACCUUCGCGCCCGGAACUCGAGGGAAAGACAUGUCUUACUCUGACCGCUACUCCUCCAGCGAUCGCUACACAAGUUCAAGCGCACCUCUCUCCAGCUACAGAUCCAGUGUGGGAAAUUUACUGAGUUCGACAUCAACGUACCGAGAUAGCUAUGGCUAUCGCCAAGAUCGGGACUAUGAUUCCUCCAAAUAUUCCUCCAGACUCUCUACUUCCAGCCACCCGACAGCCAACACGUCAAGUUCGUACGGGAGGUACUCUAGUGGGGAGUAUUCCUCCACGUCUGCGACGUCUAAGUCGAGUUCGGGAGGUUACUGCACGGCGGAUGACUUGUCAGAGUGUUUGAGGGGCGGAGUUGGGGCGUACAUCUCACACACCAGUUAUAACGAAGUCUUUCCCAACAUCUUCAUCGGAGACCAAACCUUUGCUGAAAAAGGAGCUUUGCUACGACGAGAGGGAAUCAUCCAUGUGCUAAACGCGGCACAUGGCAAGUAUUUUGCACGAGUAGAGGACCUGUAUGAACACCUACAGAUCGAGUACCUAGGUGUGCCAGGGAGAGACAGGGAAGACUUUAACAUGACCAGGUUUUUCACAGAAGCCGCUGAGUUCAUACAUAGUGGCUACCUGUCAGGUAAGGUACUGGUGCACUGUGCUGUAGGGUUCAGCCGUUCCCCCACCCUGGUGGUGGCGUACCUCAUGUUGUACCACCGCAUGAGCGCCCAGGAGGCCCUGAAGACCAUCCGCGCCAAACGCAUGAUCGGACCCAACCGUGGAUUCCUCCGUCAGCUCGCAGAUUUCAACAACAAACUGCUGGCCGAGGGGAGGAUCAGGCCAUACAACGGGCGCUGAGUUAGCACAGUUCAAGUUCAAGAGUCAAUAAGUCCUAUUCCAUCAGGAUUGUGACACCCAACUUUUCAGUGUUAGCAACUUGAACCUGUGACAUCUAUGAGGGUUUGGCUGUUUAUUGGUCACUGAGUUAGAGCUCAAUAUCUACAAAAUACCGGUAAAUCAAGCAAGAGAGAAAAAUCAGAAAAUUUAUCCAGUAACUGCUUGAUUCAACUUGUAAUGCAUAAUGUUCUACCUACUAGUAGUUGAUGUCUAACCUUCAUUGAUGUACUGGAGGUUUGCAGUUGAAAUUCAGCAUUCAACAACUUAGUCCUAUUCCAUCAGGAUUAUGACUGACACCCAACUUUUCAGUGUUAGCAGCAUGGGACUGUGACCUCACUUGUGACAUUUCAGAUAUGAAAGUUCUGGUGAUGUAUAUUGGGGUUGAUCAUGUAUCUUGUACUACUGUAACAGCAAAGUCACAACUCUAAUGCACACAUCAGAAAGAAAUGUGGUAACAAGCUACCAGUAAACAAAAGUCUGAAAAUUCAAAGGUCAUACUGUAGGGACAACACUUGAAAGGAUUAUGAAAGUAAGCACAUGGUGUCUUUUAUUCCAAGAACACUGAAAAACAACAAAAGGGACUGAUGAUUUGAAUUUGGAUGAAUUUCCAAAUUGCAAAGUUGUUGAAUAAACUGACUCAGAGGUGAAUCAAGAGGUAUGAAGUAUUAUGAUGAUUAUGACAGUCAAAAUUGUUUCAUUUCCAUGGAACUAUAAAAAUGGUCAGGUGAGAAUUGUUCUACGUAUAAAAACGGCAAAGGUGUCAUGUAAUAUAAAUUACCUCCAAAGUUAAAGCCAUUGGCCAACUAAGUUAAAUAUACCAGCACAAUUUGUGUCUGCCAAAACUCUACAUAGAAGUUUAACAACUGA